GUCAUAUGAUGCUUUGUGUAAUGAACAGGCUGGUAUUAAAGUAUUCACUGUAAAUCUUCCCCUCCGCUACAGUUCUGGUUCAAAUGUCACAUGACCGUUCAUUCUGGUAUUUGAAUGUGCAUGGACACAAAUGAGGUUUAAGAGCAUUUUGAGGAGAAGAUGUGUUUGGGAGGUGAUCGCUCACAUGAGCUAGAGGAUAUUCGUGCGCUGUGUGUGUUUGUAAGUUGGUGUGAAUGGAAGAUUAUUGACUUCUGCUCAUGAUCGGGGUGUGUGAAACGGCACCAGGGUGUUCGGAGAAUUUGAGUGGCUCGAAUGCUGAACGUCAGAUAACACAUACCUGAGAGAGAGAGAGAGAGAGAGAGAGAGAGAGAAUAGAUGGACACGAGAGAAUCCUGCAGACACAACCGAAACCAAAGUCUCAACACAACCACUGCUGGAGAACAUCACAUUUGUGAUCUCACAGACGGCGCUUCGUUCUACGAUGAGUUGGAUCAUGGGACUGCUUAGGACUUUUUGCCGAAGGAGUUGUAAGUCUGUCGCUCCUCGUUCAUGUCGUACUUUGAUGUUCGAAGAGGCUUUUUUCUGCCACACGUGUUACACAAGAGUGUUUUCCCAGCGAUGCCAUAGGAUAACUAUUUUGGGAACUGUUCAGUAAACCCUUCUGAAGAAAACCAUCAAUUUAAUAACCAUUUUUUUUUACUUUAAAGUUCCUUUUGUGCAAUGGAAAGCAACAGUGUUCAGAUGCCAUUGAAGAACUUUUAUUUUUAAGUGCAAACAACAGCUCAGUUUUGUAGGAAACUUUCAAACUCAUUUUCCGAAUAAUGAGUAACAGCAGUGCUGUGGCGGCGGGAGGCGCGGGAGUAGUUUGGGUCACUCCGCUUCUGGGCGCCACCCUGAUCACCAUGUGUGUUCUGGGCGUGACGGGUAACCUGUACACCCUUGCCAUCAUGCGUUCGGCUACGCUUCGGCGCGCCGGAUCCUUAUACGUCUUCAUCCUCAAUCUAGCGGCGGCUGAUCUACUCUAUCUGGGAACCAUCCCAUUCGUCGUCUGCACGUAUUUCGCCCACGAUUGGUUCUUCGGGGAAAUGGGCUGCCGGUUGCUAUUGAGUCUGGAUCUGCUCACCAUGCACGCGAGUGUGUUUGUGUUGGCAGCGAUGAGUUUGGAGCGCUACCGUGCCGUCGCCACACCUUUCCGCGCACGGCGCUCGACCACCCGUGGACACUGGCUAAUGGUGUUGGGAAUCUGGGCAGUCGCGUUUGUGCUAACGCUCCCGAUGAUGGUGAUGAUCCGACUCCGAGAGGGACGUCCUCCAACAGUGGGGCUUGUUAAACGCAUUUGCUUCCCGACAUGGACGCCUGAGGCGUUUAAGGCGUAUCUCACCGCGCUCUUCGUCACUAGCAUGCUCCUGCCCGGCCUGCUGAUGGUCGGACUCUACGCAGGUCUCGCCCGCCGGUACUGGGCCGCUCAAGCCAACCUGACCCGCGGAUCCUCGACAUCCAUCCGCCGGCGCAGACUGAAACACAAAGUGGUGGGAAUGAUCUUCUGCAUUGUUUUGGCGUACUGGGCGUGUUUUCUGCCGUUCUGGGGCUGGCAGAUGGCCAAGCUCUUCUCGUCCGAGUCGCUCCGUUCGCUGUCGCCCGCCGCUCACACCUACGUCAACUUCUUCGUCACCUGCCUUACGUACGGAAACAGCUGCGUCAACCCGCUGCUUUACACGCUACUGACACGCAACUACCGUGACUACCUGGCCCAGAGAGGUCAGUCCUCGGGGUCGAGUCGCGGGGACCAGGGUUCGGCCGCAGGGAUCAACGCGCUCCAGGAUCAGAUAGGAUGACUUCUGUUGUGAGAGUGUAACGUGAAUUUAGAAAUCAGUGGAUAUCAGCUGUUUUUGUUUGUUCUAUUUUUACCCUUGAUUACUAAAAUGUUCAAAAGUAACAAAAAUGUCUAAUCUCUGCACGUAACAAAAUUGCAAAACUAAACAAGUGGUGCUUACUGCAGAGCCAGAUGACGUCCAGCUCACCCUCUCUGGACGCAAUCGGUGGAUCUAACCUAACCUGUAUCCAGAGAGGGGGAGCUCGAUGUUAAACUCCACCCAUUACAUCCAGAGAGGAGGAGUUUGACGUAAGCUUGAU